AUGACUGGAAUCAUAAUCGGUUUAUGUUUGGCUUUGGUAAUUCUUGUUGUCGCUACCACCAACCUUGCUGUUGGUGUUUUAGCAACGCUCAUCAUCGCUUUGAUCACGUGUUCUGUACUUGGUGUCAUCAACAUGAUUGGUUGGAAACUUGGACCGCUGGAAUCACUCAACCUUACUCUUGUAGUCGGGCUUGCUGUUGACUAUGUUGUUCAUUUGGCAGAAGGAUAUAUGGAACUUAAACAUGAAACAAGUGAAGCCAAAGUUAAGCAUACUUUAUCUCAUGUUGGUAUCUCAGUCCUAUCUGGAGCCUGUACUACAUUGGGAGCUUCAAUAUUUCUAUUGGCUGCAAAAAUUCUAUUCUUCUUCCAAUUUGGAAUUUUCAUAUUCUGCACAAUUGGUUUCAGUAUUAUGUAUUCAUUGUUUUUUUUCCCGACUGUUAUGGCUCUGGUCGGUCCGGAAGGUGAGAAGGGAUCAGUCAUGCCUGCGAUCAGGUGGGUUCGUGAUGCUGUUCGCGGAAAGACAAAACAGGACAAAGAUUGUGAAUUGUGUAAAGGUAAAGGUUUCUACAAGAAGGAAAUGAACGAUGUACUUUCUACAAAUGCGAGCAGCUCAGUUUAA